GUUGGCAAGCAAAUUUGCUGGGAAUUGUAAAACCUGGACCUUUUUUGUGGCUGCUUGUGGCACUGGGAUAUUCUGCUCCUGGGAAUUUGCAUGCCUCUGACCCCAGGAAGUCUCAAGAUAUCCACAAAUUAUUAGUAUAUAAAUGUUUCUUAAGGAAAUUCAGCAGAAAAGUCUCAGAACCACUGCGUCCUGUCCUGUCAGUUUGCGUGGGGGCUUCUGCUCUUCCUUGUUAAUAAGAGGCUGAAGUGACAGCAAAUGUGGGUGAAUUCUGGUGUUUUACAGAAACUUCUCUGCUGUCUGGGCAGUGUGUGGGGAUCUGGGGAAGGGAGCAUGACCUGUGUGGAUUUCUUUUUUUCAUAGAAGGUUACUUUAUUACAAAUAGACACAUGUAACCUGGAUUUUCCUUUCCAGGGCUUCACAAAUGCUGUCAGGUUUUUUGUGUCUGUAUUUAACACUUUUAGCCAAGCAAAGUGAUCUGAUUGUGGUUCAACUCCCCUCAGUGUUGCAGGCUCAUCAUCUUUAAUGUGCAUUUUAGCCAGGAGGGAAAGGAGCAUUUGGUGCUGUGGAAGCAGUGGGUGUUGGAUCCCUGACAUAACAUGACAGCUUUUCCUGUAUUGCCCACAGCAUCACUCAGGAAAUUGCUUCUCAAAAAGAUGCCAGCUCCCUCUCCCCUGGAGUCAAAGCAAAAUGUAUUUUAUUUUUUUUUCCUGACACUUCCUCACUCUUUAUUAACUCUUCUUUGUUAUUGCUGAAAUGGAGACAUCCCAAGGGCCUCUGAGCGUGGUGAUGCUUUAGAUGAAAGGAGACCUGCUGUGGAGCAGCAUGUACCAGAGCUCCAACGAGAGGCCCCUGGGUGCUCACCUAGGAGAGGGGGAGUGCAAGCAUGAAUCACAGGUGGUAGAACUGGGAAAGCAGCGGUGUCAGCACGGUUAUUGCUUGAAUCACUCUUAGCUAGCAGCCGGUCAGCUGGCAGAUGGUUGCAGCCUGAAGUGAAAGCUUAUAACUCACCAGCCAGCAAAUAGUCCCAAAAGUGAAUAUCUGCAUUUCGUCAGCAUUUUGUAUUGUCUUUGUGAAAAAUGGUAUUCAUCUGCAGGUAACUGGUUGUGCUUCAGUUUCCUGUGGCUUCCUGUGCAUUCAUCUGUGUUAGGUCAGCUCAGCUGCUUUAUAAGCUUGGAAAUGUUCUUAAAAUCUAAUGAGUUUGCAGUGUGAAAGAGUACUAGUAGAUCUCAAACAGCCAGACCUGUGAGGCUUUCUACCAACCUGCUCUGCUCAGCAGUGGUGCAGCCACACCUGGAGUUCUGUGUCCAGAUCUGGACCCCCGUGUGCAAGGGAGACCUAGACAUACUGGAACAUCCAAAAAGACCACCAGGACGAUCAAGGGACUGGAGCACCUCUCCUCUGAGAUGGGGCUGAGAGCUGGGACUGUUCAGCCUGGGUGAGGCUCAGGAGAAGGGAGAUCUUAUCAAUAUCAAAUGAAGAGUGCAGAAGAGCCUUACUAUUUUCUGUGGUGCCCACUGCCAGAACAAGAGGCACUGGGCAUAAACUGGAACACAAAAGGUUCGGUCUAAACAUCAAGAACCACUUCUUUACUGUGCAGGUGAUGGAGUACUGGCAGAGGCUGCCCAGAGAGGUGUGGAGUCUCCCUGUGCUCGGUGUGAUAAGCACCACUUUAACGGAGUCUUUUCCACUUGCCUGAAGGAAAGCAGUAGCAUAAUGCUCAGUGAUGCAGCAGGUGUUUCAAAAACCCUGCCAGCACAGGGAUUACCCCUUUACCUCCAUAAGCAUGUAGUAGAAUUUCAGAAAAACAACUGCCUGGGAAUAAACAUUAUUGGAGAGACUUCCUCGGAUAGUGUUUUUGUGACCAGACUCUUAUGGUCUUGUUUCUAUUCUGUCCCUAAAACAUGAGAGCAAGGAGCAGAUCAGCAUAGGAAAUACAGCUGGAAGAUAUGCCUGUUUUGCUGUGGAGGAAUCAUUUACCUUUGCACUGCUCACUUGCUUCUUGUAUUCAGAUUUACCAUGUCCUACAUGGGAACAUUCCUCUACCAUAGCCAUAGCAUUCAGGAGGAGCUAAUUAAGCAAUUAUGUUAUCAGGUGAUGGGAGUCAAAAUCUCAUCUACGCAGUGCAUGGACUUAGCAGUCUGACUCAUUGUAGUUUAUGACUUACUAUUAUGUAAUCGGUGCGUUGCUCCAUAGGUGCAUGCUGUGCAAAACAGAAGUAAACAGCUGCUCUGCCAUCUGUGUUACACAUAUGGAGGUCAUGACUUCGGUCAGCUGGCCGUAGAGAAAGGUGACAACAGGCUCCUGAUCAUCAGCUGUGAGUGCACAUACCACAGUUGUUUUUGUGGCAGUCGCUAAUGGCAGAAUCCACAGCAGUGCUGUCAGUAUAACACAAGACCAGGUGUUACAUAACACGGGGUACCCCAAAACCCUAUAUUGAAGUGUGGAAGAGGGUGCAGUGUGCUCAGCAAGACAAACUUUGUGCAGUGAGAUUAGAGCAGAGCGUAAUGCAGAAAAUGCCACUGUUGAAUUGAUCUGUUCUCAUAGUGGGAAUUUACAAAAUGCUGGAACAGAGUGGCAAGAGAAUGACAAAAUGUCUUUUGGCUUGGUAGAACAAUGUGAUUUUUAAAUUGAAAGAGAUACUAUAACUCUUGUUAGAGUAUGUUGUUUCCUUCCCUUUCAUUGACAGUACAACAGAAGGUAUUGGUUCAGGUUCAUGGACUAGAUUUGGUAGCAAUAUUUCUCCUUAGGCUUGAGAAACUGUGCAGAGGUGGGUAUGGAUGACUCCCUCUGCCUCUCUUGUCUGAUAGGCAGUCAGUAUGGAUGGAAGAGGCUAAAUUAAAAACAGUAAAAGUAGACUUUCUGGUUUUUCUUGAUAGCUGGUAUAAAAGACAGAAGGGAGCAGUCUGUGCGUUGCAAUUAACAUGCAGUGCUAUUGCAGCUCAUCCUGUAAUGCGAUAUAGAUAUUAUCUCAGCAUGGAAUUGAACACUGCACUGAGUCAGGAACACAGAGCAGUGUUGGGUUUUGAAGAAAGUAAUUGACCUUAGAGACCUGGUGAGUUUCUCAUUUCCUCUGUGGUAAACACAAGGAAGUGGGGGAGUACUUCCCAUAGGCUCCCAAAGUCAAUUUAUACAAAGUACACAGUCAAUUAUAAAACACAGUCUCAAUAAAUGCAUAGUAGGAGGCAGGCACACCUCCCAUCUUCCUGCAGUGCCCUUGAUAUCAGUGCCACACUGACUUUCUUGCAUGAACGUGGAAUCCCCUGCAUGUGUGUGUAUACUGAGCCACUCCUGAGCCCAGCUGCUAUAGAACACAGCCUGCUGCAGCACCUCUGUGGUGCCACUUGCGUGCAGUGCCAUGCCUGUCCCACCAAAGGCAGUGCUGGUGUGAUGGGCCUGCAUGGAUCAAUAGAUGGAUCAAUAUUAGCUGUGCUUGUAUGGAACCAGGUGUUGUAGGAGAAGAUUAGAAGUCUGAAUUGCACAAAUAACUCCUGGUAGCCAAGAAAGCUUUGAUCUUGAUAAUGACUGGAUGCAAUGGCCGGAAGCUGUAGCUUACAGGAUUCAUACAAGAAACAAGGAAUCAAGUUCUUCAGUGUAGUACAUGUGGAAAGGAGACUUCAUUUGGAUUUGGCAAUGGAACAAAAGCAUUCGCGUAUCUGGACUGAAUCUCGUAAAAUCACCGAGCAUCCUGGGCUGGGAAGAACCAUGAGGAUCACAGAGUCCAACUCCCAGCUCCACACAGGACAACCUAAGAAUGAAGCCAGCCUCUCAGCCAUGAUGAUUCCACCAUCUGCAACACCUGCUGUCAACGAUGCUGCACUUUUGCCAAGUGUGGCUUCUCAGGAAACAUGGAGGUCACAGGUUCCAGGCUAUCCUGGGUCAGUCACACAGCACCUAAGUCACCGGGCUAAUAACUUCAAGAGACAUCCAAAAAGGAGAAAAUUCAUCCGCCCUUCGCCACCGCCACCACCAAAUACUCCGUGUCCUACUGACUUGAUUGGCUUUGGGGAUCUCCAGCCUCAGAGAUCUUUCCUGGAACUCCUGUUUAAUGGGUGUAUUCUCUUUGGGCUUGAGUUUAGCUAUGCCAUGGAAACAGCCUAUGUUACACCUGUGUUGCUUCAGAUGGGGCUGCCAGACCAGCUGUAUGGAAUGGUGUGGUUCAUCAGCCCCAUACUAGGGUUCCUGCUGCAGCCUUUUCUGGGGGCCUGGAGUGACAGAUGCACAUCAAGAUUUGGCAGGAGAAGACCUUUCAUUCUGGUCUUAGCAGUAGGUGCAUUGCUCGGGCUUUCGCUUAUGCUGAAUGGCAGAGAUAUUGGGAGUGCCUUGUCUGACACUGUGAAUAACCACAAAUGGGGGAUCGUUCUUACAGUCUGUGGUGUUGUCCUCAUGGACUUCAGUGCAGAUUCAGCAGACAAUCCCAGCCAUGCCUAUAUGAUGGAUGUAUGCAGCCCAGUGGAUCAAGACAGGGGCCUCAACAUCCAUGCUUUGUUAGCAGGUCUUGGAGGUGGCUUUGGUUAUGUUAUUGGAGGAAUACAUUGGGAUAAAACCAGUUUUGGAAAAGCUGUGGGAGGGCAACUGCGUGUCAUCUAUGUCUUCACAUCAAUAAUACUGACUAUCACUACUGUGCUGACUCUAAUUAGCAUUCCAGAAAGACCCCUAGGGUCAUUUAGCAGGAAGAAAAAGGUGAUGAAGAGUCCAAGUCUUCCUCUCCCUCCUUCUCCACCUCUCUUUGAAGAGGGUGUAAGUGAAAACUUUGCUUCUCGUAACUCAGCUCACUUAUAUGCAAGUUUUACAAGCCCCGUUUCUCCCCUCAGCCCACUCACACCUAAGUAUGGCAGUUUUGUCAGCAGAGACAAUUCCUUGACAGGAAUUAACGAAUUUGCAUCGUCAUUUGGGACUUCAAAUAUUGACAGUGUGCUUAUAGACUGUUUUACAGGUGGGCACAGUAGUUACUUAGCACUUCCAUCUAGCUUGCCCAGGCAGCCUGUCAGUGUCAGCUUUCCUCGGGUGCCAGAUGGUUGUUACCAACAAGAAAAUGGAAUUCUGGAGCAAGGGGAGAGGAGCAUAACUGCGGGUCCUGAUGGAGAGGCACUGAGGGUGGGCUCCUUGGAUGCCAUAAAGCCACGGUCGUCAGGCAUCCUGAAAAGACCUCAGAGCUUGGCCAUUCCAGAUAUCGUAACAGGACAUUGUCCAGACAGUAGCAGAAGAAGAAAUGUAACUUUCAGCCAACAGGUUGCUAAUAUCCUGCUGGAUGGUGUUAAGUAUGAGAGUGAGUUGAAUGGAUCAGGUGAGACCUCCGAGCAGCCACUCUCCAUGAGACUUCUUUGCUCAACCAUCUGCCACAUGCCCAGGGCUCUUCGUAACCUCUGCAUCAACCACUUCCUAGGAUGGCUCUCAUUCGAGGGGAUGUUGCUCUUCUACACUGACUUCAUGGGAGAAGUAGUGUUUGAAGGGAAUCCAAAAGCCCCUCACAACUCAGUUGAGUAUCAGAAGUACAACGCUGGGGUCACCAUGGGCUGCUGGGGAAUGUGCAUCUAUGCAUUCAGUGCUGCUUUCUAUUCAGCUGCACUGGAGAAGCUGGAGGAGCGGUUCAGCACACGGACGCUGUACUUCAUUGCAUAUUUGGCCUUUGGGCUGGGCACAGGGCUGGCCACGCUCUCCAGAAACAUCUAUGUAGUCCUGUCACUGUGCACGACCUACGGCAUUCUCUUUGCCACGCUCUGCACGCUGCCCUACUCCCUACUCUGCGACUACUACCAGAGCUGUGAGUUUGCAGGCUCGCACACGGAGGGCACACGGCGUGGGAUGGGUGUUGACAUCUCCCUGCUCAGCUGCCAGUACUUCUUGGCGCAGAUCCUGGUGGCCCUGGCCAUGGGGCCACUGACGACAGCUGUGGGCAGCGCCAGCGGCACCAUGUACUUUGCCAGCCUGGUGUCCUUCCUGGGCUGCCUCUUCUCCUCUCUCUGCGUCAUCUAUGAGCCAACCCUGUCUGCUGAGGAGCUGCCACCCAACGAGGAGCGGAGCCCACUCCUUCCCUGUGUGCAGGACCAAUAAAUGGGAGAAGCUGCUGCAUCCUUGGCUACCUCACUUGCACCAUUCUUGUCCUCAACCGUCAUGGUAAGGUGGGCUCGUGUGCCCUUAGGAUGGCAGCGACUGGAGGUGGGCUGUGGGUGACUGUGCUGGCAGUGGGCACAGGAAGCCACAGAAAAGGUGUGUGCCAGUUUCACUGAACUUUCCCCUGCCUGCAGGAGGGCAGUGCCUGGCACUGUGCAUCUUUCACAAGUUGAUAAAGGCUGAUCUAUGUUUCCAGGACUUGUGGUCACAGCAGUGGGAACCAUUGGUGGCAUUGUGGGACCUUCCCUCCAACUGCCAUACAGUGCCAUUUUUCCUCGGGGGCACAAUGUUUCCUUGACCUGAGGUGGGGGACCCAGAAGACCAGUGCUCAGGCAGGUGGAUCCCGAUUCCUCGGGUGGCAGUGAGCUGUGGGGCUCCGUUGCUGUGGGAGGACCAGGGCCAUGGUGUGCCACCAGCUUUGCGAGCAGAAGUUGCCUGGCCCUUGGUUAUUGAGGGCUACAACUCCUACUCCUUACUCAGGGGGCACGUGGGUCUCACCUUCCGCAUGUUAGACCUGACCCUGGCCUGGCUUUUCAGAACUUCGGAGCAUAAUGCAAGUACUCUGAAGGCCCAUGGCUGGGCUUCCGUGUGCACCGAGCUCCAGCCAGCAGAACUGCUCCAAGGAGCUGCUGUGGGAUGCGACUGGCUCCAAACCCUGCUCUGUAAGUUCUGACUGUGGUCCACAGUGAUGGUUCCUGAUCUGCACAUACUUCUACGUUAGGCUUUGACACUGUAACGGCUUACGUUGAGUUAGCAGGAUGGGUAGGAGGGGGUUUUGUGAGCCAAGUUUCCUUGGGUAGGAGUUUAUUCUCACAAUUAGGUUAAGAAUAGAAGAGAAAUCAUUUAUGUGAAAGCCAGAAGCCACUGGCACAUCAUCCGUAUGUUUCGUACAGUUGUACCUUCUGACGUUUUAAAAUCUGCUUAGGAAGUAGUGAUUUGUCAGCUGGAGCUACACCUGCAUACCUCUGUGAAACUGCUGAGACUUAUUACUUGGACUGGAGGUGUUUUGUUACUUGUGGAAACUCUUAAUUAUUCUGGCUAUGGAAGGUAGUAAAUGCCUGAGAUCUUACACAAUUUGCAGGUAAUCUCUACAGUCUUUCAAUUGAAGAACAAAAGUGAAAACAUGUAAGCUAGAACCAUUUAUAGGAUUCUUGUCAGUCUGCGUUCACAUUCCAGUAGGAUGCAAAAGUUCCCCAUGGCAGAAGAGCAUUCUAGUGCUCAGGAGUACUGUGCAGGCACCCCUUUAGAGGCUCUUUUUGUUCUUAUCUAGUAGGGACAGAGGCAGCAGUUUUUCUGGAAGUCCAUUCCUUUUUCAGUGAGUUUUCUUGACUGUUCACCUAAGUUUAUUUUUAUGCGUGUUGUGCAAUACCAAGAUGAAAUAACUUGCAUAAUCUUUAGCUGUUGUGGUGCACUAUAGUGCUUAAAACAAUGUAUGUAAGAACUUUUCAUUUUUACUAUCAGCUCCCUGCUUUUUUUUGUGAUCAGUUCUAUGCUAUUUGGUAUUUACUUCCCUGGAGGAACGCUUCUGAAGUUAUGAAGCCAAGCAUUCAGAGACAGAGGGUGUCAGACUGAUGACUGUUCACCUUGACCCCAUCUAUUCUGGCUGGGAAAGCAUGGCUCCCUGUCCCACCUGCAGGAACACCUGUGUCAUGCAGCUUUCAUUAUGGGACAUCUUAUCCCAAGAAUGUUUGGGAUGAAACUCGACCUGGUGUAUGAGCAGCACGUUUGGCACUUCUGAGUGCCUCAUUUCCAACAAUCUAAAGAGAUGACUGUGGGAAUUUUUUUGGUCUGCUGUGUAACCUUCAAUUCUUUGUCUUAGCAAACUUAUGAACUCAAAAAUGAUCGUUUUGUUCCUAUUAAAGGGGUGUUUAGUUCUCAAAAUGUUUUCUCCUUCUAAGUUUUGUAGACAGUAUUGUUGCACUGAGUGGAUUGUGAACGCUUUCCUUUUCUACAUAGCUGGGAUUUCAGAUGAUUUAGUUGCAAACAAGGAUGUUUAAAGAGAAAAACAGUAGAAGGAAAAAAAAAUCAAUGUAUUUAUCAAGCUGUAUGUCAAUAUGUAUAUAUCAUUGUAUCUUCCAGCACUGGAACAGGCUCCUCAGAGCAGUGGUCACAGCCCAACUGAGGGAAUUCAACAAGCAGCUGGACAGGGCUCUCAGACAAAAUGUUUGAAUUUCAGGUGGUGCUAUGCAGAGCCAAGGGUUGGACUGAAGGAUCCUUGUGGGUUUCUUCCAACCUGGGAUAUUCUGUUAUAUUUGAUGGUCGUGUUUGUUGCUCCUCCCUCUGUAAAUAAGAGUAGGAAAUACAUCUACAUACAGUUAUAAAACUACUGCUAUGCUGAAGUGCAUUGCACAGUUGAAUAUAUGUAACAUUCUCUAUUUUAAACUCAACAUCAGUGUGUCUUAAUUUGGGUAUGCAUUAGUUGUUGGUGUCCAUGAUGCAGAAUUCCUUGGAAGUUGCACUAAAUCCAUAAACACAAAACAACAACAAAACCAGGAAUUACUUAUUUGCUUGGUCUUCUCCUUUGUCAUACAUGCUGUGUUUUACAGAAAUUACUGUGUGGUCACUGCUGAACUGAGCUGCAAUACGAUGUUUACUUUUUGGAAUGUACUCUUCAAAUUGUCUAAAGCUGUUGGCUGCUGGUAGAAGGAAGAGGGAAGAGUUGAGGAAAGAAAGCGGUAUCAUGCUGUGCCAUAGUUUAGACUUUAUAAAGUUUAAUGAUAAUGACUUAAUAAAAAUUAAAGGUUGCUUAAUGGAA